AUGCGACGACGUCGCCCUUCCUGGUUGGCCGGAGUGGUGGCAGCUGUGCUGCUAAGCAGUUGGCAAGGUUUCUCUUUCCUCGGUUCAAUGCCCACAGGACAACAGGCUCCGCACAAGACGGUUCGGCAAGCCUCUGUGGUCGAUAGUCUCAAGAACCCUGUGAAGACGGUGUCCGAGACCAUUGACGAGUUCUACAAGGGCUACCCAAAGCCGCCAGUGCUCCCCAUGUACAGGAGUUUCCUGGUCGACUUCAUCACACAAGUCCACCUCACCAUGGUGGACUCGCGGUUCAAGUAUGACGCAGUCUUUGCGCUCGGAAUGAGGCAUUUCUACACUGGGCUCAUGGGCAAUUAUGACAAGCUGGUCAUGAGCGAAGAAUCCGAGAAGAUCUGGAAGGCGUUGACCACCGCAAUGGGAAUGAAGCCGGAUCAGGUCAUUGCUGACGCAGAAGCUGCCGCCAAGUAUGGCAGCUCGACUUCACCUGCUGAGAUUCUGCAGCAUAUGGAGGGCUCCGCGAAGCCGCCCGAUGCAAAGAUCGGCACCGCUUUCGAGCAGAUCCAGUCCUCGCUCUACAGCAUGAGCUACAGCGUCGGCUUGUUUCGCAUCAUGGAGCUCAGUGGUGUGGAAGUCAACAAGGCUAACGCAGAGGAGUGGGCAAAGGCUCUGAAGAUUGAGCCUACGUCCAAGGUCACAUCCGACCUGGAAACUUACAAGGCAAACCAGGUGAAGCUGCAGAAGGCCGAGGAGAUGAUCCGCGAGAUUGAGAUUCGGGAGAAGAAGAAGCUGGCUGAGAAGCUGGAGGAGAAGGCCAAAGCACUGGCAGCGAAAGCUGCAGCAAAGGCUGGAGGGGAUGAGGAGUCCAAGUGA